AUGCAGAAAGUGGAGGGCGCGAUCUGGAGCGGCCUGCCGCACAGCCAAAACACAACGGUCGAGUCGAUGAUGAAGGGCUGCUCCUUUGGUAUGGGCAGCGUCAGCCUGGCGGACGGCGGCCACCUGCUGCGCGUGGUGGUGCCGAUCCCCUGCAAAGGGACGACGCCGGAGGGCACCAAGUACAACUCAAAGGAAUGCCCCUUCCCAGAGUGGUCUGACGUGGCGAACGAGUGGAUCAAAGUAAACCGCCAGGAUGUGAAGCUGUCAGACUGGCGCCACAAGAUCUACAUUGUGGUCAAGGGGGAGACCUGCGGCUGGGGCGGCAUGGGCUACGUCGGCUGUGAGGAUGACUGCCGCGUUUGGAUCAACGGGGAGCUCUGGAAUGAGCCUGACACUUACUUCCACGAACUGGGCCACAACCUGUUCCUGAAUCACGCGGGCAAGUGGGGCAACGACGGCUACGACGACAUGAGCGGCGCCAUGGGCUACUGCUGCGACAUCCGCUGCCACAACGCCCCCCACGCACACCAGGUCGGCUGGGCGGCGCCCAUUGCGACGCUGACCUCUGACACCCUGCCGGCCGGGACCUGGAAGUCCUUCGAGCUGCCGGCGGCGGCGCUGGACCCGAAGAAUUUCGUGCGGAUCUGGCCCGACUGGGACAAGAAGGGCGCCAAGAGCAAGAUCUACCUCCAAUACAACUCGGCCAACGAGCCCCAACUCCCUCGCCCGUGA